AACCUUGAAGAUAUGAACAUAACAGACAUUAAAAAAUGUGUAAAACCAGUUUGGUAUCCUUAGUUAAAGAGUAACGCCCAUCAUAUCGGGCCCCCUGUCACUCAAAACUUUAUUCUCCACAACAGCUAGGAGAUCUGCAUUUCUGCUUUAAUUCCAACGGUCAUAUUUCCCACAUCAUUUCAGUUCAAAGUUCAGCAUGAUUUGUUUUUAUUGUAUUCUAAAAUCUUAUGUUUUCUCCCUUAUCUUGCCUUCUCCCACCCAAUGCAAGCAAGAAUCCAAUGCGUAAGCUUCCCCCUUGUUCUUUUAGACUUUAAUGGUGAUGCAUUGUGCCAUUGAAAUAGGCGCUUAAGGCUCGCUUGAAUCAAGCCUUGAUAUCAGCUGGUGCGGUCAGAUUGUUGUUAGGUUCUUCUGUGCUAAAAAACCCACAAUAAUGGGGUGCUUCUUUACCUGUUUCCGUAAGCGAGAGAAGAAACGCAAGAAUCUGUACGUAGCUGCAAGAACCAGUCCUCCUAGGUGCAGGGAGCAUUCAGCUGUGAAGAAUAGAGCUCUAUCUGCUGGCUUGAAUAAUCCAUCUGUGGUAAAUCAGGCACCCAGUUCCCAGCUCUUUGAAGUGAUUUCUGAUCUGAAGAAACCAGACACUUUGCAUAGAAGAACUGGGGCAAAUCUCAGAUGGACUCAGCAACUGGUUGCUCCAGCAGAAGUUCCUGUUGUGCAGAGGUCUCAUAAUUAUGAAAAUAAUGUAGAAGAGGCCGAGGAGAAAUUGAUACCCUGUGACAACAAGGAUCCUCUUCAUGACAUGGGUGAGCUUGUUUCAGAGCUUGCAGAGCUAAGCAGAACCAUAGGCAAGGAGGUAGAAGAUAUCGAAAAGUUCAGCAAUGAGGUAAGAUAUCUUAGAAGUCAUGGAAAAUUUAAAGAGUCUCCCAUGUCAAAAACAAAAAUGGUUGUAAUUGCUGAACAGAGUUCACGCCAUUCUGAUUAUGAUGAUAAAAGGAUUGUUACUAGUAAGCAAUCGUUUUGCAUGUCCACUGAGAAAUCAGUUGUAUCAGAAGCAAAAUACUCAAUUGAGAAGGUGACCAAGCCUAUUGCAAUUGAGAUCAAGGUUGCUGAUAAUGAAGCUUCUCCUUCCAAGUUGCAGCAGAAGGUUGCAGAUUCAAACACAACGUGUUCAAGGAAUGGUCAUAGUACUCAGUCUGUGGGGAAAAAGGUUAGAUUUGAUUUAACAACUGAAACACCAUCUGCUUCUUUCGAAUCUGCCAAUGCUGGAGAUGAAGGGAACAGCUAUGAGUCAAUCUCAGAUCUCUCUGUAUCUCAAGGUUCCUAUACAUUAGAUGAAGAAGAUGAGGAUGAAUGUGUUCUUUCUGAGAGAUCUCAAUCAUACAGUUGUUCUUGCACGGGGAGUGAAAGUACCAUCAGUGAUGUCUCUCAUUCUGGACACAGUGCUGAUCUUGGCAGUGAGGAUGAUUCAGCUUCAAAGGUAACAAGGUCCUCUAUAGUAACUGAGGAUGAAAAUGAAGAUGAAGCUGAAGAAUCAAGGUCAAAUGCACCUGAAAUUAAAACACCUUCUCUGAAAAGAGUUUCUAGAUAUCAGAACUAUGAGAGUAGCAGUGAUGAGGAGGAAUAUGAUUCUUUUUCGGAUAGUGAUGAAUCCUAUGCAUCAAGUGAUUCAGAAGCAAGGAGUGCACCUCAAAACGUCCAGCAGUUUGAAGUUGUUACUCGAGGCAAUCAGUCAUCGCCACAGCAGAAAUUGAGCUACUCUCCACUGAAGUCUCCACCUUUAAAGCCUGCUGAUGAGAUGCAACCCUCAUGGACAGGUUGUGCAAAGGAUUUUGAGAAUGCUUCUGUGAAUAAUAAUGCUAGAAUCCGAUCUCAAUAUGUCUAUCCAGUUUUAAAUCCUGUUGAGAAUUUGUCUCAGUGGAGAAAGGUUAAAAAAGAUUCUAGAAAUGAUGGUUUUGGAAAUACCAAGGAGUUCUAUGAAACUAGCAAAUUAUUGGUAGAGAAUUUUGAGAUACCAGAUAAUCAAUCAAAGGGUGAUAUGUACCCAAAGUCAUCACCUUCCAAAAAGCAGAGAGUUGAAGCAAGGUCUGCAAUUACAGAAAUGGCUCGAGAUUGUCUACAUGAUAGUCAUAUUGAAGCAUCAGUUUCAGCAACAAAGGAAAAUAUUUAUCCAAUAACUUCCUUGGAACAUGGGAAAUAUGAAAAUAUCAUGGAAAUAAAGGAAGAAUCCAGCCAAAGGAGAAAACUGAUUCCCUUGAGUGCUGAGCCAGUUUUUAAACAACCUAAAACAUUUACCUCACAACAUGCGGAUGUAAGCCCUCCUGAUGCAGUCUGUGUGGAUGCAAGCCUUUCACAGUGGUUAAAGCCUACCGAAGCUAUUCAGAAAGAAAACUUGCCUAAAGUUGGACAGAUGCCUUCAAGACAACAUUUCCUGGAAUCAGAGGUAAAUAAACGUUGGGAUGAUUUGCAAUCUCAAAAGCAGCAAGAUGCUACAGGGCAGAACUCAAUGGCUUCAGGAUCAUCUUCUACCCUGAAAAGAGACUGCAGACCAAUUUUAGGAGCUUCAGGGUUGCAAUCCCCACAAAAUGAAGCAGAAAACUGGAGAUCGUCAGCUUCAAGAUCAUCGCCUUUGAAGAAUUAUGAUGAGAGGCCUAUUUUAGGGGCUUUAUCAAUCAAGAACAUAAAAGAAGCAUCUUCAGAUCACAUAUCACCUAGAAGGUCACCUUCAAGUAAAGAUCUUGACGAUAGACCUAUUAUGGGGUUGGUUGCAGCCCAUUGGAAUGAUAAGCAAUCUGUAUCCCCUUCCAAGUGGGAUGAUCACAAAGGGGGAGUAGCGAAUUCCACAAAUAAAUAUAAAGAGGAUCAAAAGGUUAGCUGGGACUCUACACCUUUUGAGGUCAGACUGGAAAGAGCAUUAUCAAAUAGAAAGGAAAGUGAUAGACAUGCCAGAAAAGUGUCUUGAUUCUACUGACGAUCGCAUCUAAGAGUGCAGAUUCCAGAAUUAUCGACAUGAAAUCGGCUUGGAUUACAGGAGCAAUGUUUGAUGGUGUGGACAUAGUUUAUGUGAAGAAGAGCAUCAAAUUAUGAUGGUGUGUUGUGUUACCUUUGCAAGUGGUGGUGUAUAAUAUUUGUAUUUAGAAAAUUCGUUUGCUCCUUGAAGUGCUUUCUCGUACAGAGUGCUAUAUUUGGCUACCCUUGACAUUUUUUAGUUCAUAUUCUUGUAAUUGGACUGAAGAGAAUAAAAGUUCACUGUUUGGAGAGUA